AUGGUCCGAGAGGGUGAUGUCGAUGUCAUUACCGGCGACUGGUUGUCCGAAAUGAACAUUGCCUGGAACUCAAUCACAAAGUCUGAGGAUCCUGACCUCGGGUAUGAGAUUGGUUUCUACACUCAGCUGUGCGAGUGUAUCGACGAGAUCGUAGAGAAGGGGAUGAAGGUCGUGACCAACGCUGGAGCAUUGAACUCACCCGCCUUGACCGCAAAGAUAGAGAAUUUGUGCAGGCAACGAGGGCACGACGAUGUGGUUGUUGCUACCGUUGUUGGUGAUGAUGUGUCGUCGCUGAUAACCUCUGAGGGUAAAGGCGGGCUGAAGUUUCAGCAUCUGGACCACGCGGAACAGUUGCUGGAUGAUUGGAAUCCGGAUCUAACACCAUCGUGCGCUGCUGCAUACAUCGGGGCGUUCGGUGUCGUUGAAGCUCUCACAUAUGGUGCUCAGAUUGUUGUAUGCGGUAGAGUCACAGAUGCAUCACCUGUCAUCGGAGCCGCUGCUUGGUGGCACGGCUGGUCUCAGGAUGAUUAUGACGCUCUUGCCGGAGCUUUGAUAGCAGGGCAUCUCAUUGAAUGCGGACCCUACGCAUGCGGCGCCAACUUCUCCGGGUUCAAAGAGUUCCUGCCGCAGCUGGUCGACCUUGCGUUUCCAAUAGCUGAGAUUGCUGCCGAUGGGAGUUGUUGCAUCACAAAGCCGGAGACGAUGAACGGCAUUGUCAACAAGUUCAACAUCACCGCGCAGCUGUUGUACGAGCUUCAGGGUGAGAUGUACCUCAAUCCAGAUGUCGUGGCGGAUAUUAGGACCGUCCAUAUUGAGGAGUCUGGAACACCAGACCAAGUGUCUGUCUUCGGUGUCAAAGGCUAUCCACCACCAGCGACGACGAAAGUGAUGGUCGCAGCAGAUGGCGGAUAUCAGGCGGAAACCACAUACUACAUUAACGGCCUUGAUGUUGAUGCCAAGGUGGAGAUGAUGAAGAAUCAGCUCAAUCGUCUCCUUGGCGAAAGCAAAUUCUGCAAGUUCUCCGCAGAGUUGUAUGGGAAGCAGGUCGAGAACCCUUCAUCGCAGCAGCAGGGGACUGUUAUGCUGCGAGUGUUCGCUCAGGCGAGACGAAAGGAAGACAUCAGCGCCGAGCGGUUCCGGAUCCCGAUCUAUUCGUUGCGGAUGCAGUCAUACCCAGGGUACCAUAUGAACCUGGACUUUCGAACCAUGGACCCGAAACGAUUUAUGGAGAUAUUUCCAUGCCUGAUGCGCCAGGAUGCAAUCCAGCAUCAGGUACUCGUUGGUGGAGAGACAAUAGAUAUACCGCCUCCCGCCAAAACAGCAACAUAUGAUGUCAUCCGGCCGUCUUAUGAGACAGAGUCUCCCGUGCGUUUGAGUUCAUUCGGAGAGACCGUACAGAAGCCUCUCGGUUCGAUCGUCCAUGCAAGAAGCGGCGACAAGGUUGACAACAGCAACGUCGGAUUCUUCGUCAGACAUGAAGAUGAGUACCCGUGGCUGCAAUCGUUGAUGACUGUCGACAAGUUCAAGCAACUUCUCGGUGAUGAUUACGCUGAACAGCGAGUGGAGAGAGUCGAAUUUCCGCUGCUCAAUGCCGUCCACUUCCGCACCUUGGACUUCCUGGGAGGCGGUAUCGCGAGUUCAUCAAGAGUUGACGGCCUGGGCAAAGGCGUGGCGGAAUACUUGCGGAGCAAACACGUGGACGUACCAGUCAGGUUCCUGGAGCGCGGUUCAAUAUAA